AGUAAUGCUGUAGUACGACUCAAACCCGGCGGAAAAAAAAGCCACGAAGCCAGAACAGGUUUUUCCUCCAUGUCCUACUUAUAGCGUCGCGGUGUUCCUGAUAAAGCCCACAUAUGAAAUUAAAGCUCACACAGCCACACUGGACUGUCAAACGACGGAUACUCGGAGCAUAACACGUUUGCCUUUCCAAUAUAAAGGAUGAAUUCAAUACGACAGGUGCCUUCGCGGGUCAAAAGCAGAAGGACGGAGUCGGUUUUAGGAGCCGAGAGGGAACAUUUCGAAAAACAGCAGCUCAGCAGCAUCAGCAAGGCAAUCAAUUCCACAGAGACACCACUGAAGGAGAAGCAUGCACGCAGAAUUAUUUUGGGAACCCACAGAGAGAAAGGGGCCUAUACCUUCUGGUCAUACGCCGUUGGUCUGCCCUUGCCAAGCAGCGCCAUCCUCAGCUGGAAGUUCUGUCAUGUGUUACACAAAAUCUUGCGCGAUGGCCACCGAAAUACGUUACAAGACUGCAUGAGGCACUACAGCGACAUUGCCGAGACAGGGUUAUUAUGGACUAACACACGGGACAGACACGGAUAUGCACUGCUGGUUUCCCUUCAUGCCAAACUCCUCUGUACCAAGAUUGAGUUUCACACUAAGCAUUCUGAAAUUCCAGCCAGUCUAGAAGUCACGGAUGAACUCCUGGAGCGUACAGCUGGAACAGACAUCAAUAACGUGUUCCAGCUCACAGUAGAGGUGUUUGAUUACAUGGAUGCAGAGCUGCGAUUAGCAGAAGCAGUGCUUCACCAGCUCAACAUGUCGAUCGCUAUCUCCACGCUGACGUCAGGCCAGUGUAAACUAGCACCGCUCAUCCAGGUCAUCCAGGACUGCAGUCACCUGUACCACUACACCGUCAAACUGCUCUUCAAACUGCACGCUUGUCUACCAGCAGACACACUCCAAGGACACCGUGAACGCUUCCAUGAUCAGUUCCACAGUCUCAAAACAUUCCUCAAUAAAGCACGAGAUAUGCUGUACUUCAAGAGGCUCAUCCAGAUACCGAGACUGCCUGAUUCUCCACCCAACUUCCUUCGGGCCUCUGCUCUGGCCGAGCAUGUGAAACCCAUGGUGGUCAUCCCAGAUGAAGAGGAGCUUGAGGAGCAGGAGGAGGAUGAACCCGAGCCUCUGAUAGAUGUUAGCGAGGCACUGCCAGUCGCAGCCUCUCAGCCGCUGCAGAGUGAUAUAUUUGAUCAGGCCUUUGGACCACCUAAAGAUGGAUUUGAUGAUAGAGACCUCCAGAUCGAACGUUUGAAACGUGAAAUUGAAUUGCUUCAAGCUGAGCUUGAGAAGAUCAAAGGAGAGGCUCAGCGCUAUAUCACGCAGCUGAAGGCACAAAUCAAUAGCCUUGAGGGGGAACUGGAGGAACAGCGUAUGCAGAAGCAGCGCACCCUGGUGGAGAAUGAGCAGCUGCGCAUGGAGCUGGAGGCCACCCAUCGCCGCAACACUGAACACGAGAGCAUGCAGACCAACUUUGUGGAGACAGAAAAAAGAGCCCAAGCAACAGAAUUGCGUUAUAAUAAACUGAAAGAAAAACAUGCCGAACUGGUUGCCAACCACGCCGAACUGCUUCGAAAGAGUGCAGACACAGUUAAGAUGCUGUCGGCCACGCAGCAGACUCAAGAGGAAAUUGAACGAACUAAGCAACAGUUAGCCUUUGAGGUAGACCGAGUCAAACAAGAAUCAGACAUGAAGUUUGACGAACAGAAGUUUGAAAUGGAUAAGCUGAAGAGGGAGCUUGAAGCCAAAGCUGCAGAGAUCCAAAAAGUCAGGAGUUCAUUGCAGACCUCUGAGAUGACAGGAGUGCAUAUGAACAGCUCUAUGGCUGCACUUCAGGCUGAGAAAGACAGGCUAACACAGUCUAUCAGUAAGAAAGAUGCUGAACUGUCUUCGCUGAAGAAGGAGUCUCAGCUGAAAGAGUCUUCUCUACAGCAGGAGCGAGACAGGACCAUCAGAGAGCUGGAGGAACUGCAAGGCAAACUCAAAGAGAAGUUGAGUCGUGAAGAGCAGCUGCAGCAGAAGUUGUUAGAUGAGCAGUUCACGCUGCUGCAGGCUACAGUCACGGAGGCUGAGAACAUUAUUCAGGACGCUGUGGCUAAACUAGACGACCCCAUACACAUCAGCUGUUCCAGCUCCCCAGAUUACCUCAUCAGCCGGGCUGAGGCCACGCUGGGCUCUGUAGAGAAGGUGCAGGCAGGCCACUCUGAGUAUGUGAAGAGUAUGAAAGAUGCUGGGGGUCUGGUUAGGGCUCUUACUAUGUUUUCUCAUCUUGCUGCUGACACAAUAAUCAACGGAAGUGCGACGGCACACAUGGCCCCUACUGACCAUGCUGAUCGUUUGACUGAGCAGUGUAAGAGUUGCGCCACCCAGAGUCUGCAGUAUCUUAAGAGUCUUAAAUCCAAAGCAUCUCUAAGGGGGGCUGAUCCCACCGCCAUCCAAGCAGCGGUGCAGAAGAUUCUUAGAAUAGGAAAGGAUCUAAGGCCAAAAGGUUUAGAUGUCGGCAAGGAUGAGCUGGGAGAUAUGGUGGAUAAAGAAAUGGCUGCUACCUCUGCUGCUAUUGAGGAGGCUGUUAGGAGAAUAGAUGAAAUGAUGAGUCAGACCAGAAAAGACGCAACUGGAGUUCAGCUGGAGGUGAAUGAAAGGAUCCUGAACAGCUGCACUGACCUGAUGCAGGCCAUUCGUCUUCUGGUGUUGGCAUCCACAGACCUGCAGAAGGAGAUUGUGGAAGGUGGAAGGGGUGCAGCUUCAGUCAGAGAGUUUUAUGCGCGCAAUUCUCGCUGGACAGAGGGUCUUAUUUCUGCCUCCAAAGCUGUGGGAUGGGGCGCGACGCAGAUGGUUGAUUCUGCUGAUAAAGUGGUGUUGCACACUGGGAAAUAUGAAGAGUUGAUCGUCUGCUCUCACGAGAUCGCUGCUAGUACUGCACAGCUUGUUGCAGCCUCCAAGGUGAAAGCCGACCGUGGCAGUAAAAGGCUUGGCAAUCUCCAGCAGGCCUCUCGUCAUGUUAAUGAGAUGGCUGCUAAAGUGGUGGCGUCCACCAAGACAGGGCAGGACCAGGUCGAGGAUAAGGACACCAUGGACUUCUCUGGACUGUCUCUAAUUAAGCUUAAAAAAGAAGAAAUGGAAUCACAGGUGAAGGUUCUGGAGCUUGAGACGAUGUUAGAGAAUGAGCGUCUGCGUUUGGGUGAACUCAGGAAGAAACACUACGAGAUAGCAGGAGUUCCUCUAGAACAGCUCUCUGAAGACAAUGGCCUGAAAGCGUCUCCAGCCUCCCCAAAACCCAGCUCCAAACCCGGCCUAAUGAAGAAACCAGUUCUCGCACAAAAACCCAACAUCCCACCUAAAACCAUGUUAAGGUGAGCACAUCUGGAUAAUGAUAUGUGGGAUGAAGAUAUGUGAAGACUCAGUGACUGUCAAAUGGAUGUGAAUACAGAACCCAUCUCGAA